AUGCUUGUGUUAGUGUGUGUGACGCUCUGUCUGCUCUCUGCUGCAGCCGCGGUGUUCCCAGAUGUUGAAGUGACCUGCAUUUCAGUGGAAAGCUGUGUUUUGCCAUGCCAGAGACAACAAGCACUUUCUAUGAUAAUCUGGUAUAGAAAUCAGACCCCUUUGGCCUGGCUCCCUGAUGUUCAAAACAUCAAAAAGCCCAAUAACAGGACCAGUCUCUUGCACCAAGAGCUGCACGAUGGAAUCUGCUCACUGUUGAUCAAGAAAGUGAUGCCUCAAGACUCUGGCAUUUAUAAAUGUGACACGGUCAACAAAGGACUCGUCAAAACAUCGCAGUAUUACAAUCUACGUGUGAACGUGCCAGUGAAGGAGGUGGUCAUAGAAGAGUCUGGGGACUAUCUAAUAUGCAGCUCAGAGAAUAUUUACCCCAGGCCACAGUGUCAGUGGACCAGUGCUGUGUUAAACUCCACCGUUGCUCAGGGCAACCAGGGCGUUUUGUUUACAACCCGCUGCAUCACUGAACGGAUGCACAACGCCUCGAACCAGAGCUGCACAGUCAGCAGUCGCCUCUCCUCACACACAAACACCUACAUUCAGCGACCUGCGAUCAGCGUCUCUGGGACUGAGGCUGUGCUCCUCUGUGCUCACACCACCUCUCCUGUGAAGACUGAGUCCUGGAGGUUCAACCACAAUGAGACCAUCGUGAGCCUGUCUGGAGAGGUGUCUGAGGGGUGGAGGCCGUUUGUGAAGAGCAUCUCUGACAGCAGAAGCCUGACGCUGAACAAUCUGACCUCACAUCAGCAGGGGCGGUUUACCUGUGUGACCCGCACUGACACAGAGAGCUACACUGUGGUCACACAGCUGCAGAUCAGAGGAGCUCCAGGUGCUCCAGGUCUGUCUGUUUUCAGCGUGAUCAGUAUUGUAUUCACUGCAGUCCUGACUAUCUUUGCAUCAGGAGCUUAUCGACGUAGCCAGUGUUCUUCCGCUAACCAUCUUCCUCAAAGGGACUCUUCCCAAACAAAAGUGGACAGUUUCAAUGCUGCGUGGAUCAUCUGCGGUCUUCUGGGUCUCAGCUCAGCUCUUCCCUGUUUUUUUGUGAUCGCCAGUUUGUACUUCCAGCAUCGCCUGAGCCAGAACUGGACCAUGAAUGUCCUAAUUCUUGUCAAUCAAGUGACUCUGAUCCCUGAAGUGUGCAACUCUGUCUUUGUCCUCAGGUGCUCUGCCCAAAAGCACAUCAUGACAUGCUUUGCCAUGAUCUCUGUGAUGUUUGUGGUGGUGCUGAUUGCCAUGAAGGUGCCGAUGGCUGAGGAGACGUUCUUCACGGUCAGCAUGUGUGCCCAUUGCAAUUACAGCUAA